CCGGUAUCACCUGGCCCCUGUGUCUCACAGGUGGCCCUGCCUGUUAUUGCAGAAAGGGCAGUUAUGCAGCCAAGCAAUGGGCACACUGAGUCUCAGACUAGAAGUAAACACACACGUACACCAUGGUGAUGGGUUUACGGAUGGAGGAAUGAGAAGAUGUUCGGAAGCCGCAGAUUCUGAAGCUCCUUUUGCCUCUAAUGACUGGUAUUAGCACUCGGUAGGAAUGAAUCGCUGGGCUGAGGCCAUUAAUUUGCAGCGUAUGCGAAAGGAUGGCAAAGCAAGAGAGGAGAAAGCAGAAGGACAGAAUGGCGUGCCAACGAAGGAGAAGCCCCCAAAAGUGAACUGGAGGGAGUGGGUGAUUGAUCCCUCUGGGGAGUUUUACUAUUGUUGGUUGCAGGUCAUGAUCUUUCCCAUCAUAUACAACUGGGUCAUUAUCAUCCUCAGGGCCUGCUUUUUCGACAUUGAGCUCUCAUAUCUGGAAGUUUGGCUCACUUUAGACUACAUCUCUGACCUUAUAUAUGUGGCCGACAUUGUUGUCAAGGUCAAUACUGGGUUUCUGGAGCAGGGACUUAUGGUGCAAGACCGCGCCCGUCUGAAAAAGUGCUACUUGCACUCCUCUCAUGUCGUGUGGGACGUGGCGUCUCUGGCACCCACAGAUUUGCUCUACCUGAAGAUGGGCAUACACACACCCCUUGUGCGGCUCAACCGUUUCCUCCGGUCGUCACGCCUGUCUGAGGCCUUGGACCGAAUGGAAACGCGCACAGCCUACCCCAAUACGUUCCGCAUCGCUAAACUUAUGAUCCUAAUUUUUAUCCUCAUCCACUGGAACGCGUGUAUAUACUUCGCGCUUUCGAACUACAUCGGUUUUGGUGUUGAUGAAUGGGUCUAUCCCAACAUCUCCAACCCAGAAUUUGCAUCUAUGCGACGUCAGUAUUUCUACUCCUUUUGGUUUUCCACUCUGAUCCUCACCACGGUGGGUGACACCCCUCAGCCGCGUCGAGAGGAAGAGUACCUUUUCAUGAUCGCAGACCUGUUGAUCGCCGUCCUGGUGUUCGCCUCUGUUGUGGGGAGCGUGGGGAACGUGGUCACAAACCUGCGCGACCGCGACGACGUGUUUUUCCCUGAUCACGAGCUUGUUAAAGGGUACCUGCGCAGCCAGAGGAUUAACAAGCCGUUGCAGGGGCGGGUCAACAGCUGGUACCAGCACCUUCACAUUAACAAAAAAAUCACCAGGGAAAACGAAAUCCUCCAGCAGCUGCCGGUGACACUGCAGACCGCCAUCGCCGUAAGCGUCCACCUCCCCACGCUCUCCAAGGUCACCAUCUUCCAGAACUGUGAAAGCAGCUUGCUGGAGGAGCUGGUGCUCAAGCUUACCCCGCAGGUGUACAGUCCCGGGGAGUACGUGUGCCGUAAAGGCGACGUGGGCCAUGAGAUGUACAUCAUCAAAGAGGGGAAGCUGGCCGUGGUAGCCGAUGAUGGAGUCACGCAGUUCGCCGUGCUGAGUGAUGGGAACUUUUUCGGCGAGAUCAGUAUCCUGAACAUCAAAGGCAACAAAUCCGGCAAUCGGCGCACCGCGAACAUUCGCAGCAUAGGCCAUUCCGACCUCUUCAGCCUGUCCAAGGAGGACCUGAUGGACACGCUGUCCGAGUUCCCGGCUGCGAAGCGUCUCCUGGAGGAGAAGGGCCGCCAGAUCCUCACCAAGAUGGGCAUGCUGGAGAAGACGGAGGAGGGCGAGCAGGAGAAAGAGAAGACGGAGGACACGCUGGCGCGCCUGGAGGCCGGCCUGGAGGCGCUGCAGACCAAGCUGGCGCGCCUGGUGGCCGAGCUCGAGUCGAGUGCGCGCAAGAUGACCGGGCGCGUGGAGCGGCUGGAGCUGCAGACGGAGGGCUGGGUGGGCAUCGUGGCCGAGGGGGCCGGCAGCGACGUGGACGGCGAGGCCGAGAGGGAGAGAGAGGGCGGGGAUGGAGAGGGGGAGGAGGAGGAGGGGGAGGAGCCAGAGGAGGAGGGGGAGGUGCUGGAGGAGAAGGAGGAGCCAGAGGGGGAGCGGGGGGAGGGGGAUGGUGGCGAAGAAGAAGAAGAUGGAGUGAGGAAAGAGAUGAAAGAGAAAGAGUGA